GCGGCGCAACAACGCAGUGUACAACUGCUGCGCUUCUGCUCAGCACUUUCUUUCAUUAAUCUCAUCCCCCGAAAGUUUUAUCGUGUGUGUAUCCGCGGGUCCGUGUAUUCAUGUGUCACUCUGUGUGUAUGUGUAUUAUAUUUUGUAUGUGUAUUAUUAUCUAUAUAUAUGUAGUAUAGUAUAUAUUUGAUAUAACUAUUUUUGUCUGUUUGGAGCUGGAGCACAUGCGCUACUGCUGAUUAUCAUCACGAGAUUUGUCACUCAAGUAUAAUUAUUUUACAACUUGUGCAUUGUCACCGUGUUGUUGAUCUGUUGGUAUCUUAUUUUUCAUCAUACCACGGUGAUAUCGACACUAACAACUGACAUGAUAAAUAAUUUACCGCGCAAGUAGUUAGUAUAAGUUUGUUUUGUAUAUUUAUGUGUAACUCGCAUACCCUUUUGGAGACAACGGGUCCAGUGUUACUCCAAUGGUUUGUGUUAUCGAACCAAGUGCCGUCCGACGGUUACACAAGCCCAGUGCUCGUGAUAAUAAAGUUACAUAUGUGAUAAUUAGGUUUCAAUAAUUAAAAUGAUAUACUGCUCCUUUUAUUUAUAUAAAUAUCUAUUAGUAUUAUAUAAAUUUGAACAAUGAUAAUUUAGUUAUUAUUAUUAUUAUUAUUUUCUUGAGACUGAGUUUGACUUUUGGUAAGUUUUAUUCGAAUGUACGGAAGUGAGUGCGUUAUUAAAAUCGGUAAAGUGUCAUUGCCGUUAAUAAUAUUGUCAUCGCGUGAGUGUUGUUGUAGGAGUUGUAGAAACUAUUGGUUGGAAAUACAAGAACCUCCCAUUAUUAUCAGCAGUAAUCCGAUUGUCUGAUCUACCGGCAGAUUCCUCAACGUCCAACACCCUCAGCGGGAACCACCCCGCGACAGCAGCCACCCUGAUGGGAGUGUAUGAGGAGCGCGCCCCUCCUACCACCGGCAUGCACUGGCAGCCGCCAAACUCGCAGGAGCGAGGCAGCGGCUUGGCUUUGGGCUGUCAAGGUGGGCUAGGAGGGAGCGCAGGGGGGCCUGGAGCGAUUGAUCAGGCGCGGGAUCUUAGCCCGUGCCUCCCCGCGUCGAUGGGUGAUGCCGCAAGACCCACCACUUUACCAUGCAGCCCCCCUGCGGCUCAUCAUCAUCACGUAUCGUCGCAUCGUACACAGCUUCAUCAGACUACUCACUGUGGCACUAAUAAUAACUGCUAUGACGGUACGACCACCCCUUACGAUUCACGAGAUUACGGAUCACCCGGAGGUGGAACGGAGUUCCGAAAUAACAGUUACGAACAUUCUAAUGAGUUGAACCAUCAAUCCCUCAAUACGCCGCAGCCUAACCACCAUCAUCACCAUCAUCACCACCAUCAUCACCAUAAUCAGAACCAGCAGCAGCAGCAUCAUAACCAUCAGUCCCAGGUCCACCAGCAUCAGCAGCUCACUGAAUCACAAACAACGACAAGUACUUCAGAUGAUCUCCAUACGAUACCCAAGUUGGAACCACCACCGACGCCACCAACUCAGCUGGAAGACGUCGCGGGGGUUGUCUGUGCUGGAUGUGGUCUCAGAAUAUCCGACAGGUUUUAUCUACAGGCUGUUGAGAGGCGGUGGCAUGCUGCCUGUCUGCAAUGCUCCCACUGUCGUCAGGGUCUCGAUGGCGAAAUCACCUGUUUCAGUCGAGACGGAAAUAUUUACUGCAAAAAGGACUACUACAAAAUGUUUGGCAGCUUGAAACGCUGCGCGCGAUGUCAAGCAGCAAUACUGUCAUCAGAAUUAGUGAUGAGAGCACGCGAACUUGUGUUCCACGUUCGUUGUUUCUCGUGUGCUAUUUGUGCAGUUCCGCUUACAAAAGGCGACACAUUCGGUAUGAGAAAUGGCGUAGUAUUGUGCCGUUCAGAUUAUGAAAUGGGCGCUGAGUUGCAUCCAUCCCAGAGUCCGCCAGUACCAGUUUACCCUCCGGGACCUCAUUAUCCCGGUCAGUCAUUUCCAUCACCAGAAUUUCUGCACCAUCAGCCACAUCAUCAUGGUGUACCGACACAUCCUCACCAUACGAUGCAUCCUCAACAUCCUCAUCAAUUAACACACGCCAGUCCAGUGCCACUUCAGCCGUCAACGCCGUCAGGUCCUGAAGUAGGUUCGCCACCAAAAGUACCUUACUUCAAUGGGACCGCUCAGGCAGUCGGUGGGGCAGCUGGUGUACCUCCACCAAGACAAAAGGGCCGUCCCAGAAAAAGGAAACCCAAGGAUUUGGAAGCUAUGACUGCUAGUCUUGAUCUUAAUUCGGAGUACAUCGACAUGCCGUUUGGACGCGGCCCUGGUACGCCGGGUAUGCCUGGCUCAAACAGUCGAACCAAACGCAUGAGAACGAGCUUUAAACAUCAUCAGCUGAGAACGAUGAAGAGUUAUUUUGCCAUCAAUCACAAUCCAGACGCUAAAGAUCUUAAGCAGCUUUCGCAGAAGACCGGAUUGCCAAAGAGGGUACUACAGGUGUGGUUCCAGAAUGCGCGAGCAAAAUGGCGACGCAUGGUACUAAAACAAGAAGGGAAAUCCGACAAAUGUGGUAGCGUUGACGGGAAUUCACUGAACGAUCUUGAGCUGUAUGGAAACAGUGCCGGAAGCGGUGGGCCUCCAAUGAGUCCUCCCUUUAUGCUCGGUGGACCUCACAGUCCUGCUUCACUCGGUUCGCUCGAUUGUGCGUGAUUAUAUAAUCAUUUAACUUAUAAUUGAUCCCCCUAAUUUAUUCCCAUGGCUCAGAAAAAUAAAUUAACUUAUAAAAUUUUGACGUCAAAAUUCUAAAAUGAUGACAAGUGUGAAUAUUAUCGUCGAGUCAAUGGGACGGUUGUAAAAAUAAAAAAAGAACAAAUAAUGAAAUUAUAAAUGCAUUAUUAACUUACUCAUGUAUAAUUAAUGCACAUGUAGUUAUAUAUUGUUUAUAUAUAUAUAUUGAAAAAAGAAAUAAAUAAAUAAAUAAUAAUAAUAUUAAAAAAAAUAUAAAUAGCGACUUAUCGCUCUGUAUUAUAGUUAGCGAAAAAAAAAAAAAAAAGAAAUGAAUAAUAAUUAAGCAAAUAAGAGUAAUUAUACAUGUAUUUAUUGUAGACAAAAAAAUAUAUAUAGAGACGAAACAAAAAUUGUUGUCGAUUUCUAAACAACUAAAAACAAUAUUCCGGAUGAUAUUGAACUCUUUGAAAAUAAUAAUAGACUAAAAAAAUUAAGCAACGAAAAUAUAAUCAAUUGGAGAAUAAAAUUUAAAUUAAACUCUGAAUGAUUUAUUUUUAAUUAUAAGAAUAUGAUAAUUAAAAAAUUGUACAAGACAAGAAUUAAUAUUUAUUAUUUUUAAGAUUUAUCGAGUCAGUUAAAUUAAUUUUAAUAAUUAAUCUAUCAAUGGUAUUUCUUUGUAAAUAAAUUUAAAUUUAAAUAUUAUUUUUAAAAUAAUUGAUAAAUAACUUAAGAAAAAUUUUUCUUAUUUAAUAAGUUACACGUACACCUACACUUAACACAAUAUCAAUUAAAAACACAAAAUACAAAAUAAUACAAUGAAACUGAGCUAUAGUAUCGUAGGGAUGUAUUGCAUUAGGUUGCGGUCGUUAAUAGCAGAAUAAGUAAUAAUUAUUUAAUUACUUAUUACUACUAGUAAUUCUGCAUAAGUACGGAUCCAUAUAUUUUUUGGUGGAAUUUUUAUCAAAACCGUUAUUUAUUAUUUUUAUUACACUAAAAAAAUUGGGGAGUGAACGCAUAUUAAACCCGGGGUAAAUACGGAGCAGAUGACUGUGUAUCUAUUCAAUCCCUUAGAGUUGAAUUCGCUCUAAAGGAGAGUUUAUUUUGAUAUUAAAAUUCUGAAUUGAGGUGGAAAAAUAAACCCCCAAUUUACUCCAAAUGCCGAGUGAUUUUUUUUUUAACUCCGUAUCUGUAAGUGACGGAAGAAAUUCGAAUUUAAAUAAAAUCCGUAAUCACUUCGAUUUCACUCCCAAUUUUUUUUUUGUGCAAUUUUUUGUAAGAUAGAAUAAUUAAAAAAAUAAAGAAAUAAGAUCUGAGUUAAAAUAUUUGUUAUUUCAAAAAUAAUCGAUGUCACAUGUAAAGUCUAUAGCUACUAAAUAAUGUCAUAAUUUUUCUUUUUUUUUCACUCCAGUUUCCAUUAAUUUCAAGAAAAAAAAAUAUUUGAAAGACUGAAAAAAAAAUUAUCGAAAUAAUUAAUUUUAAUUAAGAUCAUGAUUCAGGCACGGAGUAAAAUGAUUUGGAAAAAAGAUGAUAUUUGAAUUUUAGUCCGACUUAGAAAUAAAUAGAGCCGUACUUAUGCAUAAUUACUUUACUAUUUGCUCCUAUAAUAAUUAUAGCCUUUAUUUAAUAAAUUGGACAGACAAUUGCAUUAUUAUUUUACAAGAUGAUGAAUUUUUUUCAUUGAAUAUAUUUUGACAAUACU